AUGGUUCAUCCAAUGACAAGUGAAGACUUGUGGCCUAAGUGUCAUAGGCCUCCUUUGAUGCCACCACUUUAUCACAAACAACUUGGGAGACUAAGGAAGAAGAUGAUUAGGUCGGCAGGUGAACAACCAAGCAAAUCUAAUCCUACAGCCACCAAGUUGCAGAGACAAGGAGGCCAUAAUAGGAGGAGCUGCCCUAAGGCAAAAGAAGGUAGAAGCAGUCAGGUCCCAUGUAAAAGAAAGGUGAAGAAAUCUGCCCAAGAUACGACAUCAACCAAAAGGGUUACAAGACAAUCAAGAGCCAAGCAACCUCCCAAGCUUCCCAAAUUGCCCCAGCCCCAGCAUCUCAAACUGCCUCACCUUCAAAAACUGCCCAAGCAUCUCAAAGUGGCCAAGCUUCAGAAACUCCCAAAAAAAAAGAGGUUUAAGUCUCCUGCAAAGAGGAUGAAAUUUCCCAACAAGAAGUAUGGUUCUCAAACUCUGCAAGGCUCUCAAUCUGUGCAAGGAACUGAAUCUGUGCAAGCUUGUCCAGUUUCUCAAACUGGCCAAAGUUCUCAACCUGCCCAAACUUCUCAAAUUGUGCAAGGAUCUCAACCAAGUGCAAGCUCAUCACACCCUUUUGCCAGUGGCACAAGAAAAAAGAUGUUCAAAUCUCCUGCCAAGAGGAAGAAAUUUACCAAUCAGAAGGAUUUGUUGGAUGGGUAUCAGCCUUGGAGAUUCUGA